AGGGUAAGCCAUUCCCUCAUAAUUUUCAUAUGUAUGUCUGCUCGGUGAUUCCGCCGCGGAUGCAGGAAGAAAGAGAACAGUUGGAGGCCGAGAAUUAGACGUAGCAAACAAGUCGAGACGAAAGAUAGGCAGUUAGGGUUCCAUGGCAUUAAAGUGAAUUCAAACUAUUUUUAAUCAGGGGCGCCCUUGAGGAGACACAAUGACGAAACAGGGUAAAAAAUGAACAGCUGAUUCCAAAUAGGGUAGAUUCCUUUUUUUUUUUACAAAAAAGAAUGGAACGGAGGAGAGUACUCCGAAUUGGAAGAGUACUGCAGCACUUUAUUCACUUUCGGAUCUGACACAUCCGAAGUCAGUAGACGUCAGAAAGAUAAGGAUUUUUGAACAUUUUGAUUGGCGGGUGAAAUUUCAUAUGGAUAAAACUUUUGUAUAAAAAAGCCUUUUCCACACAAAUUAAUGGACGAAAAAAGAGCUGCAUCCCCCAAAUCUUCAAACCAACCGACGGAAAAAAGAGCUGCCAACACCUCCUCCAUUAUUUGUUGAAAGGUUGUAAUGGCCGACCGAGUUGAACAUUCAGGCCCUCUGUAUCGUUCUGUGUUAGUUAUGAUACCUGGUGAGCAUCGUGUUGAUCGUGUGUGGUGUGAAUCAGCAUUUCGAGACAACAAACUGAGGUGCCAUCACUAUUUGUCGUGUGCCUACGAUAACGGCCUGCGUCAUCCUAGGGUGGUACGAUUGUUGAGAGCAUCUGGAUUUCACGGUGUCGAGAGAAUAGGACAAGUGCAGUUAAAUUGGUCCCUUGUGACUGCGUUAGUGGAGAGGUGGAGACCUGGGUACAUAUGAAUUUAAAUUUGCAUUUUGGUCAAUAAAAGCGGCGAUUGAUGGGUUCAAUCACGGCCUUCCGGUGGUGUCAAUUGAUGGAACUCACUUGUACGGAAAGUACAAGGGCCGUCUCCUAGUCGCGGUGGCAAUGAAUGCCAAUCGUGAAAUCUACCCUCUAGCAUUUGGAGUGGUAGAUAGUGAGAAUGGUGCUAGUUGGACGUGGUUCUUACAGUUGCUUGUGACACAAAUCAUAGGGCCGCAACGGAAUGUUUGCAUCAUCUCCGAUAGGCGUGCGUGCGGCUAUAGAUUAUGCAUUUCGAAAUGUGGAAGAAUUGGUAACACCUCGACCUCACAUUAUGGUUCUUCCACACAACCACUACACAAGAAUUUACUCAGUCGCCGUAGAAAAUGCAAUACAUGUUAUGAUGAAUCUAGCGAGGCGCGCCUGUGGGUGCGGUUGUUGGAGAUGAACGGCAUGCCAUGCGUCCAUGCACAUGCUGUUUGCCAUAUUCUUAAGUGUCCUGUUGAUCAUCUUAUUCCCGAGGUAUACAAACUGAGUUCUUACAUAAAUGCACAUUCCAGUGAUAUUAUGUCAUUGCCGAAUAUGAAUGAGCGGCCACAAAAUGAGUUCAUUCUUCUACCGCCUAAAUACUCUUCCAGAACUUCUCGAGCAUGACGCCGUCAAGAAACAAGAUUUCUAAAUGAGAUGGAUAUGCGUCCAAGAUGCAGAGCACAACAUGAUUGAUCUGUAUUUGUACUCUCUUAUAGUUUAUUAUUUAUUUUCUUUGUAGUUUGUUUUAAUGUUGUAACACUUUUAUUAGUCACAUGUUUUAAAUGUACCCUUAAUAUGUUAUGAACUUUGUUUAAUUUUGAGUUCAUAUAUGACUUAAACGCAUGAUAUUGUAAAUUGUAUUUGUAAUUGCAUUCGAGUUAAUAACACUGAAUGGGUCA